AUGACCCAACAGCUCCCCACCGAAUCAGCAUCGGGUACCAAGUGUCCCACUUCAUUAUUAACUAGCCGCCUGCCAGCCCCGGGCCCAAGCUCACGCUCUUCGGGCAAACAACCCGGCAAUGGGAGCGGACUAGACCCGGAGAACAUUUCCGGCUUCGACCUACCGGAUCCCAUGGACGACUUCAGUAAUGACGAUCUCCUUUUCUUCUCAUCGCUGUAUACACGGGGUGUGUCGCAAUCUACUGAAGACCUCUUGUGCUUUUCGCCGGCGUCGGCCUCGAAUACGCGGUCCUCGCCAACCGAGUCGUUUUCUGCAACUAUUCUGGGUGCGUUUGACAAGGCGGCUGAAUCUCCUGGAGGUCCUGACUACGCCUAUACUAGCAAGAUAACAAAACGCCAAGCCCAAAACCGCGAAGCACAGCGCCGCUUCCGCGAACGCCGCGAGCAAGAACGCAAUCACCUCCUAUCGCUGUUACAAAAGCUCUCAGCAGAAAAUAACCGCGUCUCUGCGCUUCUGGAUCAAACGCGAGAGAAGUACCUCACCCUCGAAGCGCGGACAAAGCAACUCCAGACCGAAGCCGAUAUCCUGAGACGCUGGCGGAGCGAGAUGAUGGACUCGAUGGCUGGGUUGAGCCUGGUUCACCAGAGGGAGCAGCUUGCGGAGGAGGUGCUUGAGGCUGUGGCAGGGAGUUGUUCGAAUGAGUGCUGGAGGCAGGGGAUUCGGCGGACGAGGGCGUUUAUUGUGCUGCAGACGCUUGCGGGGCUUUUUGCGGGGGUUGAGGAGGGGGGUGCGAAGGGGGUUCAGGGUUUAGUGGGCGUUGCGGAUACGGCGGGUCAGGUUAUGUAG